CCGCCAUGUGUGCAUGGUGUUUGAGGUCCUCGGCGAGAACCUGCUGUCGCUGCUGCGCAAUGCCCGGCGCUAUGGUAAUCUGCGCGAUGCUUUCAGCACUGUCAAGAAGGACACGGGGGCAGACACGCACGGCAGCCAUCAUAGCUCUGCGUCGUCAUCACACAGCGCCCACGACGAUAGCGCCGACCACAGGCGUGAGGGUUUGCCGGUUUCAUUGGUCAAGCAGAUUGCGCGCCAGAUAAUCGCCGGCUUGGCCUACCUGCACGGCCAAUGCAACAUGAUCCACACUGAUCUCAAGCCCGAGAAUGUUCUGGUGUGCAUCGAAAACGUCGAGGAGAACGACAAUAUCGAGCACGCGGCCAACCGGGCGCACACCAAGACGACCAGUGACGAGUCGCUUGUGCAAGCCAGCCGCAGCGUCGCAAACUCCCGUGCGCCCAGCCCUUCUGGAGACGCCGCCCCACAGCAGUCGGCUGGGAUGGAUGUGGACAGUCUCUCGGGAUCUGCAGCAAAGCUCACCCAGUCGCUCGAGAAGGACAUGAACGGGAUUUCGCUUGCCAGCAGUUCUGACCCCUCAGCUUCGUCGCAGGCUGGCAAGUCGUCGUCGUCGCCGAGCCGUAGCCACGGCCUCAAGGACAUCCAGACACGCCAGUACCGAUCCCCCGAGGUUAUCAUCGGGACACGGUGGGACGAGACUGCUGAUAUGUGGUCGUGCGCCUGCUUAAUAUUCGAGCUUCUUACUGGCGACUACCUGUUCGAGCCGCACUCGGGUGGCCGGUACUCCAAGGACGAAGACCACAUUGCGCAGAUCAUCGAGACCAUAGGCGUAUUCCCCAAGAAGUUUGCGCUGUCCGGAAAAUACUCCAACGAGCUGUUUAACAGGCGAGGUGAGCUGCGCCAUAUCCGGCGGUUGCAUCCGUUCCCGCUCAGCGACCUGCUGCAUGACGAGUACAGAUUCUCAACGAAGGACUCGAGGGAGAUUGCCGAUUUUUUGAUGCCCAUGCUGGAAAUCAAUCCGGUGCGGAGGAGCCUGGCUAAGGAUAUGCUCAAGCAGAAGUGGCUGCAGUAAGCUGCCAGAGCAGCUUUUAUUCUUAGAUCCCCUUCUGAUUACCUCCAUAUAUACAACGGUG